AUGUCCUUUCACCCACCAGGCAUCGCCGAUGGUCGUCUUCAUGGUUUCGAGUUCACAUUUGAGGCAAUCCCCGACAAGUCAUCCCUGCACGACAGCCACAUCGAAGUUGACCCCGAUCCUCAUGAGGGGGAGACUGAAUCACUGCCCGACGACGUCGAGUGUUUUCCCAGACAUUUCGGCAGGACAUACCAUGCGUAUCGAGCAGGCUCUUAUGUAUUCCCCAACGACCCUGCGGAGCAGGAGCGUUUAGACCUCCAAUCGCUUGCACUCACGGAUCUCUUCAGCGGCAGGUUACAUUUCGCCCCUAUCGCCGUCGAGGGAACUCCCAAACGGAUUCUUGACGUCGGCACAGGGACGGGAGCCUGGGCCAUGGACAUGGGAGACGUGUACCCAGAGGCCCGCAUCAUCGGUGUCGACCUGUCGCCGAUCCAAAGCAAUGCCGUCCCACCCAACGUUCACUUUUAUGUCGAAGACGCCGCACAAUCGUGGGCAUGGCCUGACCCGUUCGACUACAUCCACACCCGCGUCCUGCUCGGCUCCUUUGGCGACUUCAAGAACGAAGUCAUACGCCAGGCCUUCGAAUCCCUCCGCCCGGGCGGCUGGCUAGAGUCCCAGGACUUCAACCUUGAGGCCGUCAGCGACGAUGACACGCUCGCGCCCGAUGCCCCUCUCUGCCGCUGGGUGUACGAUAUGAACUACGCCAGCGAGCUCAUCGGCCGCCCGCUAUCCAGGUCGCACCUGCUGCGGCAGUGGUACCAGGAGGUGGGCUUCGUGGACGUUCACCAGCGCGUCUUCAAGAUCCCGAUCAACGGCUGGGCCAAGCACCCCAGGCACAAGCAUGUUGGUCGGCUUUGGGAGCAGAACUUCUUGGACGGCCUGAGCGGCUUCAGCAUGGCCCUCUUCACGCAGGUGUUGGAACGAAAGCAGGAAGAGGUGCAGGUCUCUCUGGUGGAUGUGCGCAGAGACAUCUCCAACAUGCAAAUACACGCGUAUCAGCACGUCUGGGUCGUAUGGGGCCGCAAACCAUACCCAGACGAAGCAGUUCCUGAGGCUAGUCCGUCAGAGGACAAGGACAUGACCAACUGA